CAAAGUCACUCAUAUACUGUCAUACGUCAAAAAAAUAGUGAAUUGACCAUAACUCACUCCCAAAGCAAUAAGGGCACGAAGCCAACUUAGAGUAUGUCACUGCUCGCUAGGGUCUACUAGCUAAAACUAGUCUGAGCCUUACAACUUUUUAUCACUUCGAGAGGUUCCCUCGUCAGUAUAUAUUUCAUCGAUUCGAUGUAUGUCAUACUUAGUUAGUUUACUAUUGUAAAAGUAAUUCGAAUAAGUUAACCAUUCAGUUAUGAAGACUCGAUCAAAAAAUAGCGAAGUUCGGAUAUAAUUUUAGGGGCAAUAUUUACUUAAUGGUCCUCAUGUUGGUGUUACAACUUCGUUAGAAGGUACAAGUCAACGUGCUCCAUUAAUGUUUACUAGUCCACCUUUGAAUUUUAUCUAUUCACAUCCUUAUUUAAUUGUACUUGUUAAAGAUUAUAUUCAAAUAUACAGUUAUUUGGACGAUAAACUUAAACAAGAAAUAUUAAAACAAUGUCGAACAUUAACAAAUAUGCAACAAGAAAACCUAAAAACUGUUAUUCUAACUGAUAAAGAUAAUAUUUAUUUACUUGAACCACUUGGUCUUGAAGAACAAAUUGAUCAAUUACUUAAUCAAUAUCGAUUACAGGAAGCAUUAACAUUAGCAGAAAGUAAUUGUUCAUUAGUAGAACAACGUAGAACAAAUCCACUUGUGUUAUUAACAAAAAAACGUAUUGCAUUUAUUGAAUUUGGUGCAAUGAAUGUUGUUCGUGCAGUAAACUUAUUCGUAGAGAUCCAUAUUGAUUUUCAUGAAAUUAUAUCACAAAUACCAAAUUUUCUACCAUUAGAUUCUUCAUGGCCAGCUAUAGAUGAAAAUCUUCAAAAUCAAUAUACUCAAUGGUUAAAUGCAUGCUGUGAUUAUAUGACAAAAAAAUCAGUAGACUUUUCUCGUCACCCAGACUAUUAUCCUGCGUUAUUAAAAGCAUAUAUACUUAUUAAAAGUCAUGAAACAGUUAACGAAUUUAUUGAAACUAAUUCUUUACACAUUCCAGUUGAUUAUACGAACAUUCUAAUUGAUGCAAAAUUUUACCAUGCUGCAGCAUUACUUUCAUCGGCGCAUCAAAAACAUGAACAAGCAAUAAAUAUAUGGAAAAAACUUAUAUCGAAUGAAUAUUCUAAUGAUGAAACAUUUCCGGGGAUAUGGAUUAUUGCAAAAUAUAUAAUUGAAAGAAAUUUCGAUCGAUCAUUAGAAUUUUCUACCGCGGAAUGGUUAUUAGAACGACAUGAGGAAGACUUAGCAAUUAAAAUAUUUACUAGUAAAUAUAAGAAUGAAUCAAACAAUGAUCCAUUCUCUUCAGAUCGAGUUAUUAAUAUUUUAAAAAAACAUUCAACAGCAUUGGUAGCUUAUUUGGAAUAUGCAGUAUUUAAAUUAAAACUCGAGUCUGAUCAAAUUCAUACAAUGUUAGUUAAUAUUUAUCUCGAUCAAAUUUUAUCAAAAUCUGAUGAUGAUAAUGAACAAAUACGUUCAAAAUUGCAAGCAUUUAUAAUCACAUCUAAUUCUUAUCGUGUUCAAACGGUUUUAAAUCGAGUUAACCAAACAAAUCGAUUACGUCGUGAAGUCGCUCUUCUCAAUGGCAAAAUGAAUAAUUUCGAUCAAGCUUUUCGAAUACUUAUUGAUGAACUUGAAGAUUUUGAAUAUGCCGAAAAUUAUUGUAUCACUUUAUCACAAGGAAAAUCUAGUGAAGAUAGAAAAAUAGUUGCUCAUAUUUUAUUUAAAGUUCUUCUUAAUUCAUUAAAAAAAAAUUCAGAUAAAACAACUCAAGUAUUACUUCAUAUUCUAUGUAAUAAUGAAAUUGAAUUUGAUUUUAUCGAAGUGUUACAACAAUUACCAUCACAUUGGUCACUUGCAUCAUUAUCUCAAAUACUUCUACGUGCUUUACGUACAUAUUCAUAUACUCAACGUUCAACUAAAAUUGAAUCAGCUUUAGUUCGUGUACAAAAUGAAAGAUUACAUACUAAAUUAAGUCAAUUAAAAUCUUUAAAUACACUUGUUAAUGAACAUCGACAAUGUAAACAUUGUUUACAACAUUUCUAUGAAACAUCAUGCGUUGUUUAUCAAGAUGGUAGUCAAGGUCAUGUUCAUUGUGCAAAAAAAUACAAUCAAAAACAGUAA